AAAAACUAUUAGACAGUGCAAACAAUUAAUUCUCUAAAUGGUUUUCUUUUUUCCAUUAUAAAUUAUAAAAAAGCAUUACAAAUUUUGCAGAAGAUGACAUUCUAUUCACCUAUGUCUUAAUGGGUUGGGUAAUUAGCAUUAUUCCUUUUUACAAAUUUACCUGAAUUUACCCACAAAGGAUUUAGGGAACCAAUAACAGGUGACAAUAGACUAAUGGGGAAAUUUUCAAAAUCAUCUCAGUUUAAAAGUGUCUUCGAUGGUGAACAGUUCUUAGUUUGCAUUAAAAUAAGUGGAAAAGUUGAAAAAAAAAUUGUGAAAAAAAAUAAAAUUGUUUUAAAUAAUACAAAUAUUUGUUAUCAUGGGUAACAUUAUUUCAAAUCGUGAGGAUAUGAACAACAAAAAUAUUGAAGAAGCAGUUCAAUUUGAUAAAAAUUUUUAUACUGAAUUUAUUUUGCAAGACAAAAUUGAAACGUAUGAAAAAAUUCUUUUUAAACAAAGAGAAAAAUAUAUGUCAGAUGUAAAAGAAGCAGAAACAUACAUAGAAAAAAAAUUUCACGUUGUUCAAAUUUGUGAUUAUGGAAACAAUUUAAUUAAAACAACAAAUUUAUUAAAAAAUCAUGAAUCACUAAUGAAAGAGUUGGAAGAUUUUGAUAAAUUUUUUCUAAAUUUAAAAAAUCAAAUUGAAGAUAUAAAAAUCCUGGAAUCAAAAUUAUCAAUAGAUUCUUCAUCUAAUUUGAUUUCUAUUGACGAAAUACAAACACAUUUGGAAUGUAAAUUUGAAGAUUUAAUGAAAUCAGCGAAAUAUCGUCAAAAAAAAUUAAAUGCAAACAGCAAAACAUUUAUUUUAUUAAAUGAAGCUGCGGAACGUGUCGAUCAAACUUUAAAAACAAUUAGCCAAUCCGAGAUCGAAUGUGAAAAAAUCACUGAACAUUUACCUGAUACAGAAUUUUCAAAAUAUUACAAUAAUUAUCAAAUAAGCAUUAGAACGAGUAAAGUGAAUUUAAUUAUACUCAAUCAAAUGGACACUGAAAUUUCAAAAUUGGAUAAAGAAGACGAACUUAUUCAACUUCGAUUGGAAAUUAAAUUGUUAGAAAAAAAAAUUUUAUUGUUUUUUGAAAAACUGGGACCUAUUUUUGAAAAAGAAAAAUUUCUUCGUGACAUUGAUAAUAUUACCACUAAAUUGAAUGAUAAAUUUCAUAAAAUGUUAUUAAUACUUAUUGAUGCGGAGAAAGAUGAAAAUAUUUAUUUAAAUUUUCGUCUAAUUCAUGAUAGAAAUUUGUUACAAUUCAUUAAUGUUUUUAAAGAAAAAAUUAAUGAAUUAAAUAAACGUCAAGAAUUAUUUUUACAAAUAAAUUCAACAUUAGCUGAAGAUUGUUGUAAAUUUCAAAAAAUUAAUAAUGAUUGGACAUUUUUUAUUGAUAGUAUAAUGGAAGCGAGAGAAAUUAUUUUUCAAAAGGAGGAAAAACUUAGACUUUUUUAUGAUUGUCGACAAUUAAUGGGAAGACUUGUUUCACAAUUAUCAGUAAUUUCAGCAACAAUGUUAAAUUUAAGGGAUAUUAAUAAUAAUAUUAAUUUAAGACGAUAGCUUUUUGUAUAUUUAUUUUUAGUUUGCGAAUAUUUUGUAUAAACAUUUUUAUUAUUCCAACUAUAACUGUAAAUGUAAAAAUAUAUUCUUCGUGGAUUUUACUCUUAAAUUUAAA